AAGGAAGAGAAGUUGACUUAAAUGACCUGGAAAAUGUCACGAAAAAUAUGAAGAUAGAACUCACAUCUAAGGAAAACUUGGAGCCACACAACUUACUUGAUGGGUGGCAAGUUGAUGUUCAUGACCUUGGUAACAUGGCACUCAGACUCACACCUGAGGAACUUAAUGAUCUGACCCCAAAUCUACCAGUUGAUGGAGAGGAUGUCGAUGUUAGUGAUGUGAAAUGUGUCCUAGAAAAUAAGGGGAUAGAGCUCACACCUAAAGGAAGUCUGAAGUUGAUGAACAACCUGCGGGCUGAUGGGGAUAUUUUUGAUGACAGUGAACUGGAUACUGUUUUGCAAACCAUGAAGAUGAACCUCACAGAAAAUGAAAUUAAUGACCUUAAGAAAAACCUGCCAGUUGAUGGAAAAGUUACGAUCAAUAACCUGGACACUUUCCUGGAAUAUCUGGGAAUCAAGCUCACACAAAAGGAACGAGAUGAUGUAACAGAAAUUCUGCCUCUUGAUGCCAGUGGGAAGGUUGAGGUCAAUAAAUUGAUGAAUGCAGUAGCAGCUGUUACAGGAGGAGAAGUUAGUGUCAGUGAAAUCAAAAAUAACUUGGAAAAAAUUGGGAUAGAGCUCACAGAUGAGGAAUGCUUGGAGCUAGAGAAAGAUCUGCCAGUUGAUGCUAGUGGAAAGGUGUACCAGAACAGGUUGAUGGAUGGUGUGAAAAAUCUUCAAGGUGGGGUUGUUGAUGUCACUAAACUAGACACUGUUUUGCAAAACAUGGGAAUGGAACUCACAGGAAUGGAAAGUCAAGAUUUGAGAGAGAGCCUGCCUGUUGACGUUAAUCAGAAGGUUGAAAUGAAAAAGCUUAUGAAUGCAAUGAAAGCUUUUACUGGAACAAAGGUUGAUGCCAAUGAUCUGCAAAAAGUUCUGGAAAACAUGGGGAUUGCGCUCACUGAGAAAGAAUGUAUGAAUUUGCAACAAAUAAUACCAAUUGAUGCUGCAGGACAGGUGUAUCAGAACAGACUAUUGGAGGCUGUGAAGUCUAUGAAAGGAGGAAGAGUUAUGGUCAAUAACCUAGAUACUGUUCUGGAUAACCUGGGGAUCAAACUCACAGAAAAGGAACAUGAAGAUCUGACAGAAAAUCUGCCACUUAGUGCUAAUGGGAAGAUUGAAUUCAGUAAAUUGCUAGAAACAGUGGAAACUAUCACAGGAGGAGAAGUUGAUGUUGAUGGUAUGGAAAAUGUCCUGGGAGAAAUGGGAAUAACUAUUACAGAUAAGGAACAUGAAAAGCUGGUAAAAAGUCUACCAGUUAAUGCUAAUGGAAAAGUCUAUAAGAAUAGAUUACUGGAUGGUUUGAAGUCUCUUGAUGGAGGGAUUAUUGAUGUCAAUAAACUUGAUUUAAUUUUAAAACACAUGGGAUGGAGCCUAACAAAAGAAGAAAUUAAGGAUCUACAAUGCAACCUGCCCAGUGAUGUCAAUGGGAAAGUUGCGAUGAGAAAGUUGUUUAGUGGAUUAAAAGCUUUUACAGGGCAAAAGAUUGAUGUGCAACAUAUACCUGAAUUUUUGAGCAACAUGGGAGUUGAGCUAACAAAUAAAGAACAAAUGAAGUUAAUAAGUAAGCUGCCAGUUGACGCUUCUGGGAAAAUAUAUAAAAAUCGAUUGUUUGAUGGUAUGAAGUCUUUUAAAGGAGGAAAAGUUAAAAGAAGCAAAGUGGAUGAUGUUCUAGGUAACAUGGGAAUCAAGCUCACAGAAAAAGAAUUUGACCGCCUAGCAGAUAAUUUACCAGUUAAUGCUACUGGGAAGGUUAAUCUCAAUGAAUUGAUGGAUGGAGUGAAAAAUGUCACAGGAGGCGAAGCAAAUAUCAGAGAACUAAAAGACGUUCUAGAAAGCAUGGGGAUGGAGCUCACAGAGAAGGAACUUUCAGAGUUGGUGAAAAAUCUGCCUGUUGACAAUGAUGGGAAUUUCUACCAGAAUAGGUUGAUGGAUGGUGUGAAGUCUCUUACAGGAGGGCAGGUUGAUAUCAAUAAACUGGACACAGUACUGAGAAACAUGCGGAUGAACGUGUCAGAAAAGGAACAUAAAGACAUGGUAAAGAAUCUACCAGUGGAUGUUGAUGGAAAAGUUGAAAUAAAAAAAUUGAUGGAUAGAUUGAAAGCUUUUACAGGUAAAAAGAUUAGUAUCAACGAUCUCCAAAACAUCCUAGAAAGCAUGGGAAUUGAGCUCACAGAAGAGGAAUUCUUAAAUUUGCUGAAAACCCUGCCAUAUGAUGAUGCUGGGAUGGUAUUUCAAAAUAGGUUGUUGGAUGGAGUGAAGUCUCUCAAAGGAGGAAAAGUUAAGGUUGAUAGUAUGGACACUAUUCUUGAAAAUAUGGGGAUCAAACUCACAGAAUCAGAGCUUAAAGAUCUGGCAGAAAACCUACGAGUUAAUGCUGAUGGAAAGGUUGAUCUUGACGAGUUUAUGGAUGGAGUGAAAUCUCUAACAGGAGAAAUAAUUGAUGUCAGUGAUAUGAAAAAUGUUCUGGGAAACAUGGGAAUAAACCUCACAGAAAAGGAAUGUUCAAAGCUGUUAAAAAAUCUGCCAGUGGAUGCAGAUGGAAAGAUCUAUCAGAAUAGACUGGUGAAUGGUGUGAAGUCUCUUAAAGGAGGGAUGAUUGAUGUCAAUAAACUGGACACAGUUUUGAGGAACAUGGGCAUUAGCCUUACAGAAAAGGAACUUAAAGAUCUGAUCCAGAAUCUGCCAGUGGGUGCUGAUGGGCAAGUCACUCUUAAAAACGUGAUGGAUGAAGUGAAAAAUUUUUCAGGAAAAAAAGUUGAUGUUGGAGACCUUCAAAGUCUUCUUAGAAACAUGGGGAUUGAGCUGACAGAUCAAGAAUACUCAGAGCUGAAGAAAACCCUGCCAAUGGAUGGUACUGGACAGGUGUUUCAGAACAGAGUGUUAGAUGGUGUAAAGUCUCUCAAAGGGGGAAUGGUUAGUGUCAGUGAUCUGAAUAAAGUUCUUGAAAACUUUGGAAUUAAACUCACAGAAAAAGAGCUUGAAGGUCUGACAGAAAACCUUCCAGUGGAUGCUAAUGGAAAGAUUGUUCUCAAUAAACUAGUUGAUGAAGUGAAAACUGUUACAGGAGAGGACUUUGAUAUCUGUGAUAUAAAUGACGUUCUGGAGAACAUGGGGAUAGAACUUACAGAUGAGGAAUGCUCGGAGCUGAUGAAAAUGUUAUCAGUUGAUGCUGAUGGAAAACUCUAUCAGAACAGAUUACUGGAAGGUAUAAAGACUCUUAAAAAAGGGAAGGUUGAUGCCAGUAAACUGGACACUGUUCUUGGAAACAUGAGGAUGAACCUCGCAGAAAAGGAACUUAAGGAUCUGAUACAGAGCCUUCCAGUUGAUGUUGAUGGUAAAGUUGAUAUGAAAAAGAUGAUGGAUGAAGUGAAAGCUUACACAGGUGAAAAAAUUGAUACCAAUAACCUGGAAAAAAUACUGAGAAAUAUGGGGAUUGAACUUGCUGACACAGACUAUGCAAAGCUGAUGAAAACAAUGCCACUUAGCGAUGAUGGAAAGGUGCAUCAGAAUCGGGUCCUGCAGGGUUUAAAGUCUUUUAAAAGAGGAAAGGUUUACAUCAACAAGCUGAGCCCUCUCCUGGAAAAAAUGGGUAUCAAGCUCACUGAAAAAGAACUUGUACAGUUGAAAGAAAACCUACCUGUUGAUGCUAAUGGAAAAGUUGAUCUGAAUAAGGUGAUGGAUAGAGUAAAAGAUAUUACGGGAGGACAGGUUGAUAUCGAGGACAUUAAAACUGUUCUAAAAAACAUGGGAAUAGAACUUGAAGAGAAGGAAUUUUUGGAACUGGUGAAAAAUCUGCUAUUCGAUGAUAAUGGCAAGAUCUUUCAAAACAGGUUGCUAGAAGGUGUGAAAGCUCUAAAAGGUGUGAAGGUCAACAUCAACAACUUGAACACUGUACUGGAUACUAUGGGAAUCAAGCUCAAGGAUAAGGAACUUAAGGAUCUGACUCAAAAUCUCCCUGGUGGUGGUAAGCAAGUUUCUCAGAAACUGUAG